GACCCCCGGCAUCCUAGACCUUUUGAGGAGCGGCGUGAGCGCUCCCUUGUCCCGCCCCUUGGCGGGUUCAGCUUCCACCACCAUGGCUCCCGUGUCAGGCUCGCGGAGCCCGGAACGGGAGGCCUCUGGGGGAAAACGUCGCAGCCCGUCGAGGAGCCCUAAGCCCAGCAAAUCUUCCCGCUCGCCGCGGUAUCGGCGCUCGCGCUCGCGCUCUUGUUCUCGGCUCUGCGACCGCAAUGGCCUCAGCCAUUCGCUGAGUAGCUUCAGUCAAAGCUCUCGAAACCAAUCUUACCGCUCGCGCUCGCGCUCGCGCUCUCGAGAGCGGCCCUCUACGCAGCGGAGUGCCCCCUUUGCUUCUUCAUCCUCGUCCGCCUAUUAUGGCGGCUACUCGCGCUCCUACGGGGGCGACAAGCCAUGGCCAAGCCUGCUGGACAAGGAGAGGGAGGAGAGUCUGCGGCAGAAGAGAUUAAGUGAAAGAGAGAGAAUUGGAGAGUUGGGAGCUCCUGAAGUUUGGGGACUUUCUCCGAAGAAUCCUGAACCAGACUCUGAUGAACAUACACCAGUAGAGGAUGAAGAGCCAAAGAAAAGUACUACUUCAGCAUCUAGUUCAGAAGAUGAAAAGAAAAAGAAAAGGAAAUCCAGUCAUUCAAAAGAAAGAUCCAAGAAAAAGAGAAAGAAAAAGUCAUCUAAAAGAAAACAUAAGAAGUAUUCUGAAGAUAGUGACAGUGACUCUGAUUCUGAAACAGACUCCAGUGAUGAAGAUACAAAAAGAAGAGCAAAGAAAGCUAAGAAAAAAGAAAAGAAGAAGAAACGGAGAAUGAAGAAAUACAAGAAAAAGAAGUCCAAGAAGAACAGAAAAGAGUCCAGUGAUUCGAGCUCUAAAGAGUCCCAAGAAGAAUUUCUAGAGAAUCCUUGGAAGGAUCGAUCAAAGGCAGAAGAACCAUCAGAUCUCAUUGGCCCAGAGGCUCCCAAAACAAUUGCUUCCCAAGAUGAUAAGCCUUUGAACUAUGGCCACGCUCUGUUACCUGGUGAAGGUGCAGCUAUGGCUGAGUAUGUAAAAGCUGGAAAGCGAAUCCCACGAAGAGGUGAAAUUGGCUUGACAAGUGAAGAGAUUGCAUCAUUUGAAUGUUCAGGCUACGUAAUGAGUGGUAGCAGGCAUCGCCGAAUGGAGGCUGUGCGUCUGCGGAAAGAGAACCAGAUCUACAGUGCGGAUGAGAAGAGAGCCCUUGCAUCCUUUAACCAAGAAGAACGACGGAAGAGGGAGAACAAGAUUCUGGCCAGCUUUCGGGAGAUGGUGUACAGAAAGACCAAAGGGAAGGAUGACAAGUGAGGACUUUCUGACGUUACAAGUGGAUAUUUCUAACAUCAAAAAGGAAGUUGUGGGUUCCAGACAUAAAAAGGCUAUUGUUUUGUUUGUGUUUGGGGUUAUUUUUUGAUGUGUGGUUUCAAGUAGUUCAGGAUGGCCUCAGGCUUUGUUCUCAAGGAUGACUCUGAACUCUUGGUCUCCUACUUCCACCUUCCAAGUGUUGAGAUUCCAGACAUGUGCCACCAGCCCAGCCAAAAAAGCUGUUCUCUGAAAUGGCUUUUCGGUGCUUGUGUGCCUUCUGAAUCCUUCAGUUCUUCAAUAAAAGAUGCUUGUUGGUAUAAUUAGUAAGUCUUUUUUAAGAUUGACCCCAACUUUCUGGUUUGAAAGUCCAGAUUCUGAGUGAAACCCUGCAAUGUUAAGAAGGUGGUAUAGACACAAAGUGGUAGCAGAGUAAGAAAUUUAAAUCUCACGUUGUGAUUGGGUGUGAAUAUUUUUAGCUCCAUACAGUGUCUGCCCCUACCCCAGUAGGACUUGGGAAUUUCCUAUCUCUGUCUUGAAUGUAUUACAAAUGGGCUAGACAGAAACUAUGUAGGAGGCUAUUUCUGUUAACAAAACAAUGGUAUUGCUGUAAAAAAACUAUUGUGGGAUUUGAAAACUGACUUGUUUCUAUAGUCUGCCCUAGAAAUGUAGUUUGGGCUAAGUCUACCUCUGCUCUAAAAACAGCAAACCAAAAGGUUAACUCACAGAUGUGUGGAAUAAAAAUGUGAGCAUUAGAUUUUUUAAGUUCUUAGUAAGUUACUUAAAAUAGUUCUUUCGGUGACUGGGGUAUAGCUCAGAGUUAGAACAUGUGUUUAUUAUGCAUGUAGCCCUGAGUUACAUCCCCAGCAGUGCAAAAAAUUCAAAUACAGCCUUGGGAGGUGUAUUGUUAUGCCAAUGUAAGAAUAUUAUUUCUAUCUAAGCUGAUAUUUAAUGAUAGGAUAAAAUUUAAAAGAAUGAGUGUUAAGAGUGCUAAUGAGGGGAAAUGUAAUAAGUCAGCAUUUUAAUUAGCUGUUUCAUGAUAAUGAAAGUAAAAUAGUAUACGUUUUCAAUUGUGUCCUUUAUGUACUGAGAUUCUUUUUUGAGACAGAGUCUCACUAUGUAGCCUCAUAGAGUUCUGCCUGCCUCUGCCUUCCAGGUGCUAGGAUUAGAGGUGUGUGCCACUGCACUUGGCUAUCAGAUUUGAUUUUAAAUAUUGUUAACCUCUUCAGCUUUUUUACAUCUAUCAAUGUCUUUAACUCUUAAUUUUGUAGAAACUCUCCUCCCUUAUCAUUCUUUGAAAAGUUUAAUAUAUGAUCUGGGAAAUGUUUUUUUAACCCACAAUUGCUGAACUGAGCAGCAGUUAGCAUGUAGUAACAUCUGUGAUCUUUAAACUUGAAAUUAUUUCACUGUAUCUAUACUUCUCAGUCUAGUAAGUCUAUAGUUUCCUAAAGUUUAAGGGAAACCAGGUUCCAAAGUUAUUAGUCUUAUUAAUCCAUAUACUUCCUCAUGUAAUACAAUGUAAUGUUUAUAAUCCCUACUUUUAAAUUUAUUCUAUAGGGUCAUUUUUUUUUUUUUGUUAACUGGCCCCUAGCAACUUGACAAAUAUGUUUUUAUUUCUCAUAGACAAUGUACUUUAAAUGCACCAAUUUUAUGGUGUAUAAGUAUUAUGGAUUUCAUUUUGAUUCUUCUCCACAAGAGUAGAUAUAGUCAAUGAAAAAAAGACAGAAAUUUAUUUCUAAACCUACCAUUUCUUGGAGCAGAGUUCAUUUGGAUAAGAUCUGCAAAGAAUAGCUUCAAUAGCAGAUCCUUUAAAAAGUGGAAGGCUAAAAGUAUUUUAUUUCCAGUUAAUUUGAGUUAUUCAAACUGGGUUUUGUCACCUGAACUCUAAGUCAGCCAUUGUUUCCAAAAGCAAAUCUUCCUGGUUUACAGAGGACGCAAGGCACGUGCUCACAUGCACACGAACACACAUACACUCCCUCAAGCACUUGAGCAUUUAUAAUUGAACAAAAUAUUGAGCUAGGAAUUCCCUCCUGUUACAUGCCCAGUGAAAAAGAUAGUGGCUAGAAUUCUGUUUGUAUUCUUCAUAGUUCUUUAGUCCCAUGUAAAAAUCUGUGUCAAACUAUUAUAAUUUAAAUACUUUGUUUUGUUCUCCAAAGAGACCUAGUUUCUCGUCUCUUCACCUGUUGUUCAUAGGGUUUCCUCUCUUUUUUUAUUUGUUGUACAAAGUUAAUGGUGAAAAAAUAGGAAAAUUGCUCAGUCCCACCACAUGAAUGGUUUGUUAUAAGUAUUCUGUGUCCCUCAUAUGUCUUUGUCACUCAAAGUGUAGUGUAAUUUUGUCUUUGGUAUUUUAAAAUUGUGUGACCAGGCUUAGGAGUCUCAUUGGGAAAGUAAGAAUACAUGAUGAUCCAGGAUGAAGGUAGAAACAAGACCAGAAAUAAAUAAGGGUGGCAACCCAUCCCUGGUUCAUUGUAAUAAGCAUGACGGUGUGUCUAGAAGCUAAAGCAUUCAGUUCAGAGUUUGGCAGUGAAGCUUACCUUACAGUAGAAGAGGUCUAUUAGUAGGAGAACCCUUCAGCCUGGUAUGAGCUACAGAACUGUUGCCAUUUUAUUACCUAGCAUACCCUUCAAAAUGUGUAUCAAGUUUGGAGGGAGGCACAGAGAAGGACCAAACAGCUAAGGGUGAGUGGGUGAACUUUAGCAAUGCUCAGAAUUCAACUCUCUGCUUGCCAGACUCCAAAAUCAUAAAUUAUUGUUAAGAAAAGUCUUUUCCAAAACAGAAAACAAAUGAUAACAGAAUGCAUAAUGAAUAAAAGCAAAAACACAGUUGGGUUGUGUACCACAAGUUUAUUGUUCAAUAAAUAUUAUGUGGUUUGA